CUCACCAAUCACUUCAUUCAACGUGCCGAGAAGUACGAAUGCAGAAAGUUGAGCUCCGACCGCAGAACAAGAACUCUCUUCUCUUUCCUUUCCGCACCAUCAUCAGUCCUCUAAGGGGAAGAAACGUCUCUGCACUCUAGUGCAAAUAACAAUGUUCUCUCAAACAGCAGACAUCUACGAUCCCGUCAACCCGGACGCAGGAUCUCAGCACAGCCGAGCAGCCAGCUUCCUGGCCGCACAGCAGUACAAUACCAGCGCUGCGGAAGCUAUGGAUAUGAGUGACCCAGUAAGAAGCACUGUCGGUUCUGCUUCGGCCAGUGACUACGCGGCCGCGCGCGCCUCGUUGCCUCCGGCCCGUCCGGGUAUGAUCUCUGUUCCUCCGUCGUUUUCUCUGCCAUAUUCUCCUGUCUGCCCGCAGCCAGUCUGUAUGCGCGACUUCUCACCACUCAGUCGAGUACCCAGCUCUCAGACUAGUGAACAAGACAGAGCAAGGGCGCUUUUUCUCAACAGCGCUAGCAAGUUGAACGACGUCCAGUUCCGAGCAACGCCAGUCCCUCUCAAAAUGAAGCUACAAGAAUCUCUCGCACACAACAGAAGUGGACUGGUUGCAAGCUUCGGCAGUGCCUUCAGUAGGGUGGCUGAGGAAUCGGGUCUCUUCUCGAAAAAGGUCUUCGUUGGUGGUCUUCCUCCGGACAUCGAUGAAGAGGAGAUCAGCCGCUCCUUCUGGAGGUUUGGACCGCUGACAGUGGACUGGCCAACUAAAGGCCAAACCCGACACAUCUUCCCACCAAAGGGUUACGUGUUCCUCAUCUUCCACUACUCCAAGUCGGUGGAGAAGCUUGUUGACGAGUGCUACUGUGAGGGUGACGACUACUUCUACGUGUUGUCUAGCGCGUCGCAGAAGAACAAAAUUGUACAGGUCCGUGCAUGGCGUAUAUCUGAUGGCGAGUGCCAUUUUGACAAGUCGAAGGAAGUCGAUAGUCGGCUGACGGCAUUUGUUGGUGGCGUACCAAGACCUCUCCGCGCUGACCAGCUAGCGAAGAUCAUGAACGACCAUUUUGGCAAUGUUUGCCAUGCCGUUAUCUCAGUUGACGAGACUAUGGAUUAUCCAAGAGGUGCGGGCAAAGUAACGUUCAGUAGUCAAGACAGUUACAUCAACGCCAUACAAACACGCUACGUUGAAGUCAAGCUGGGCGAACUUCAGAAGAAAGUCGAGCUGAAACCGUACGAGGACACCGUGUACGAGCGCCAGCGACCGCGCGAGACCCACCGACAGAGCCACCGGAGGGCAACGUUCAUGCCGCAUAUGUAAAUGCCGCCUUUGCCGGCACUUGAGUUUCAGCCUGCUCCUGCAUUUUGCCUGCAUGCCAUGGUUUGGCUUGCGAAAGUGUUGGGGGCAUUCGUUCUGUUGUUUCUUUCUCUUUCGCAGCUUGCAUUUACAAGUAGUACCAUGUGUUUUUAGCAUGCUAUUUCACAGUUGUUCUUUACCAUCUCCACCGUGUUUGGUGGUGGUUGACUUCUGUCACAUUAUAAGAGCUUGGUAGCCGGUUAUCUGCUAUCACCCAGUGCUUUUUUUUUGUUUCUCCGUUUCUGUUCCCCUUUGGUAUCUUAGGUUGAAAACUAAGUAAAUUUGGUCAUGUUUAGACUAACUCGAAGGAUUUCCUGCUCAUCAUAACUUUCCCCAUGAAUCUUAUCUCUUUUAGGAUGAUAAAUUUGGCUGCAUGCACUCAGUUUUGACCUCGUGUGUUUUCGGCUUUUGGAGUGAGAUUUAGCCUUUAGAGUAUAUUUGAGUUUUCGUAUACUGAUUUAGUCUUGCUUUGCCUUUUCACGUGAUUUAGAGUUCUAGGCGAUGGGGUGAUGCACUCUUCUUCUGGAACUUCAGUUCUUUUCUCUUCCUUUUGUCCUUACUAGCUCCAACAUAGUAUUCUUUCUGCUGUGCUUCUAAUAAUGUUCACUGCCUUCUUUAACAUUGACUCGAAAUAGCCUUCAUUCAGUUUGAUAUUAUACCCAAUUUCAGAUUUUCUCUUCUUUCUUGACACUAUGAAAAAGGAUACAAUAGUUACUUUUACCACUGAACGAAUAAAACUGGCCCGGCUGGCGGAAAAUUA